AUGCGAGAUGUAUCUCGCGAACCAGUGUCAAGCUGGCGACUGAUUCCCGAGAAGGCACACAUCCAAACUGCCCCCGGCGUCACCCUAUCAGAUUCACAACACACCAUCGUCAGCUCAAUCCUUGAUCUCUUCGCGGGUAGCCCCUCCCUGCCUAAACUCGCGCUCUGGCGAGACGACGCGACCUUCGCGGACAACCUCACCGUCGCUGAGGGCCGCGAGCGCUACUCCGCGCAGUGGUACGGGCUGAAGCAAGUGUUUAGCGAGAUCGACCAGUUGAGCUACCAAGUUCGGGAUGCGGGGAAUCCGAUCGUGAUGGAUUUGCGGACGAGAUAUAUAGUCAAGGGGAUUAACAAGGAGAUGACUGUUCAGAGUGUUGUGAAUGUUCAUCUUGACGGGGAGGGGAAAAUUAGUAAGGUCGAGGAUAAGUGGGAUGGGGAGUUGCCGGAGGGGAGUGUUGCGAAUGCAUUUCGUCGUCUGAGAGGUGUUGCGGCGCCGAAAAUGGUUAGUGUGCCAAAAGAUGAUGCGGAGGAUGCGGAAAAGGGCAAUCAGUAA